AUGUGUGUGUUCUCCUGGUCCCGUGUGCGGGGGAGAGGAAAGCAAGAAAAAAAAAAGGGGCUCUCUCUCUCUCUCUCUCUCUCUCUCUCUCUCUCUCUCUCUCUCUCUCUCUCUCUCUCGAAUCUCUCGAUCUCUCGAAUCUCUCUCUCUCUCUCUCUCUCUCUCUCUCUCUCUCUCUCUCUCUCUCUCUCUCUCUCUCUCUCUCUCUCUCUCUCUCUCUCUCUCUCUCUCUCUCUCUCUCUCUCUCUCUCUCUCUCUCUCUCUCUCUCUCUCUCUCUCUCUCUCUCUCUCUCUCUCUCUCUCUCUCUCUCUCUCUCUCUCUCUCUCUCUCUCUCUCUCUCUCUCUCUCUCUCUCUCUCUCCCUAUGAGCACACGUUGGUACCCGUUGAUACCAAGUGUCAGAGGGCUGGGACCAGGUCGUGA